UAUGGUAUAAUACGAUUUUAUCAGGAUAUUGUUUCUCUCCCUCUCUCUCUCUCUCUCUCAAGCAGGGGAACCGAAUAAAAAGGGGUUGAACAUUUCUGCAAGCGUCCUGGUAAUCGGAGGAGAUUCUUUACUUCUCUAUAUUCUCUCCUCCUCCUUUAUCGAUCCCGAUCAUUACUGUUCGGUGAAGACAACCACUAAGCUUAAGAAGAAAUGGCCAAUGCAGCAUCUGGUAUGGCUGUGCAUGAUGAGUGCAAGCUGAAGUUUCUGGAGCUCAAGGCAAAACGAACUUACCGUUUUAUUGUUUACAAGAUUGAGGAGAAGCAAAAGCAAGUCAUUGUAGAGAAAGUUGGGGAGCCAACAAACAGCUAUGAGGAUUUCGCUGCUAGCCUUCCUGCUGAUGAAUGCCGAUAUGCUGUCUAUGAUUUCGAUUUUGUGACUGAAGAAAAUGUCCAAAAAAGCAGGAUUAUCUUCAUUGCAUGGUCGCCUGAUACCUCAAGGGUUAGGAGCAAAAUGAUCUAUGCAAGUUCCAAAGAUAGGUUCAAGAGAGAGCUUGAUGGAAUUCAAGUGGAGUUGCAAGCAACUGAUCCAACUGAGAUGGGCCUUGAUGUCAUUAGGAGCCGGGCCAACUGAAUAUGAUGUUAGGCCUUGUGAUUAGGAUCCUUGCAUUUGGUCUUCUAAUGCUGGUUCAAUUGUUUAUAGGUUGUGGGAUGGUGAACUUGGCUAAUCAUCUAAUUUCCAAGUUUUAUUAUCGUGGACGUUAUUUGUUUUGAACAUGCAAAUCUGCUUUCUGCUAUAACCUUUUGAUCAUUUGCUACUUAUAGAACCUAUAUAUUGAGUGUCUUGUUUUAGUCUUAUCUCUACAGGCUGAUAUGUAACUGUACUGUUUGUAGGGGGUUAAUCAACACCUUCAGUUCAUAUUUCUGUUUUGAAUAUUUGAUCUGUGCCUCCUUAUUCUGGGAUUGUUGAAGGUGCAUAGUCACUGCUCUGUCAGGUGUUUGGCUUAUUUUGUAUAUGAAGACGAUAACUAAUAUUCUUACAA